CAGACGUAGAUUACAGGAAGUGGUGUGAAAGCGGCGCAACACUGACACAUCCCCCCCACGUAGGCUGCAGUAAGAGGUUAAAGUAAGUCUGCCAUGUGAAGCACUACUAUGGAGGAGCAGGAGGGACCCGUUUCAUAAAGAGAUGUGCAGACGAGUUGGUUUUCAUUUAAAUAAAACAGCCGAUUCGCCGUACAUAAAACGACCGGAUGGGUGUGAAAGGACUUCAGCACUUUAUGGACAGUUGCUGCCCAGAAGCGCGUGUGACUGUUCAUCUGAGAGAAAUGGCCAAAAGACAGCGAGUCUGCACAAGCACAGCUAACGUCCCCAGCGCAACACUCGUUGUGGAUGGUAUGGCCUGCUUGCGUCACUGGUACACAUGUAAGGACUGGGUGUGUGGGGGGCAGUGGAGGGAGUACAUGGAUGUGCUGAAGGGCUGGGUGGAGGCCUUCACGUCAGCAGGCAUCAGACUCGUCUUCUUCUUCGAUGGAGUGGUGGAAGAUCAGAAGAGACAAGUGUGGGUGAAGAGAAGACGCAGAGUGAACGGGGAGAUUUCUAAAAUGUUUCGUCACAUGAAGGCAUAUGGAGAGCAGCCUGGUACAGAGCUCUUCUGUCUUCCUUCUGGUCUGGCAACAUUCACAUGCUUUGCUCUCAGGUCAUUGGGUCAGAACGUGUUCUGCUCCGUGCAGGAGGCUGAUUAUGAGAUUGCCAGCUAUGCUCGUCAGCAUGGCUGUAUGGGCAUUUUGGGACAGGACUCAGACUUCAUCAUAUACGACAGUGCCCCCUACUUGUCUGUGGCAAAGCUGCGGAUAGACAGCCUCACCACUGUCAUGUACGACCGACAGAGGCUCUGCCGAGCCAUCGGAUUGACCGCUACCCAACUACCACUGUUGGCCUGUCUCCUAGGUAAUGAUGUAGUGUCAGAGGAGCAGAUGCAGCACAUCAGGAACAACGCCAUAGCAACAUACAGGACAAACAAUCCUGCACCACACUGCGGCGCUCCUCAGGGACAGAAGGUGCAUGCUGUAUCCCAACUUGUGAGCUCCUUGUGGGGAAGAGAGAAGCAGGAGCCUGGAUUUAUUCCUCAGUCUGUGAACCUGUCAGCUCCUCACAGAGAGCUUCUGAAGAAGGGAGUUCGCUCUUACUUGCUGCUUGGACAGGACGCUUCUCAGAGAGGGGACAUCUCUGCAACUCCCUCUGCCUUUGAGAAGCAUGUUAGUCCACAGAUAUUAAAGGCCUGCAGAGAGAAGCAUAUAGCAACAGAGGGUUUCAUGGUUUACAGUGUUGUGUGUCAGGGAGUCAUUGACUGUAGCAACACUCUGGAGGAUGAAGAGGAUUCUGAGUUGCUUCCCCAGGCCCUUGUCUACAAGCCCUGCAGACAGCGGAUGUACGGCCUGCUGCUGCUGCGCGGCCAUGAAGGCAGCAGUGUCGACCUUCCAGCAAUCAGGGAAUGGUUUGUCUACCGUGGAAACCCUCUGAAGGAACCUGACAUGGUCCACCCUGUCCCAGUCCGCCUCCCAUGUCAUCAGCCCAGUCUGGACCUGCUGUGGUUUGGCACCGGUCCUGAGGUUCCUACACUUCGCUUGAUGUCAUUCCUUUCAAUCUUUGAUUGCCAGGAGUUCUCUGACUUGCAUGGAGAUAUUGAAGACGCUCUCUUGGCUGCUCUCUGCCUGGUCACCUACAUAGUCCUCCAGGUUCAAACGUUGUCUCAAGAGGACAUUGAUGCUUACCUGAGUCAGGCUGUGUGUCUGAGACUGAAAUCACCUGAUGAGCUGCAACACAUCAAGCUGCCUGUCGUGUCGAGUCGCGCGGUGCAGCUGGGCUCUCUCUACGUCCGAGGACUCGGCAACCUGCUGGGCGCCAACUGCGCCAGCGGCAGCCCGCUGCCCGGCGCCGCCCUUAUGCCUUGGCACAGCUUCGAUGGACGCCUGUUCCACUCAAAGUACCUGCUGGCACACGGCGGCACAGAGGCGGCUGUGUUGCUGGAGAGCGACUCGUCCUGUUUGUCUCUGUUUAUCCGCCUGAGGGAGAGACUUAGAGAGACCUGCGGGAAGCGAGGCAGAGUCCUGCGGUCCAGACCCCAUGCACCAGAACGAGGUCCCAGAGUCCCGCCUGGAACCGGAUACAGAGAGAGACACGCGGGUGGCACCAUGGACUGGAGGGAAAGAGGAGAAACAAAAGGUGGCCAUCGACAUGGAGGGGGACGGAGAGCAAGCGGGGAGGCCAGUGGACCCCCGAGUGAAUGUGACAGCAGAGAGAGAGCCUGGCAGAGAGGCCAUUUCAACCCUCACCCUGGUUCUUAUCCUUAUGGCCACGAUGGAGGAGCCCAGAACACGAGGCGCCCUCAAAUACAGUCCAGAGGCCGAACGCACCUCAACAGAGGGAGAUACACAGCGGCUCCGAGGCAACAACAGUGUGGAAAUCGAUGUUCCUCCUCUUGGUCCUAGAUGGUCUCAGCCCCCUGCACCAGGAACAUUACCCUGAAUAGAGAGGAGGGGAGAGGAAAGGAGAGGAGGAUUAGAGGGAAGGAUUCGAGAAGUUAAGAGGAUGGGAGAAAUGUGAUGAAAGGAGUGAAGGAGUCAGAUUUCUCUGAAUAAACUGAUUAGUGAAUUACCAGCCAGCAAUGUUUGUCCAAAGGAUGCAGAAGCUAAAGAAAUGGGGAUUAAGAGGUGGCAGAAUGAAGAGAUUAGAAAUAAUUAUUUGAUUUGUGCUUUUGACCUGAAUUUUUGUUUUUGUACAUCUCAGAAUAAUCUAGUAGACACACUUCAAAAGUCAAAUAAUGUCUAAGCCUUUCUUUUAUCUUAAGGCAAUUUGCCUCAUUUAAUGUGAUGGAGAAUGAACCGGUCCGUCAGCACUUACCAAAAACACUCUGAAAUGAGCCACUUCAAACACGCACUGAAGUAGAUUAACACUUAAUCCCCAAGUCAGUUUUACCUCUUAUCUUUGACAAUAAAAGAUCUUAAAAGCU